AUGCGAGUAUUAAUUACUGGAGCUUCAGGUUUACUUGGACGCGCAGUUUGCAAGGCAUUUAAUGAUGCUCAUCAUGAAGUUAUUGGAGUUGCGAAAACAAGAGCUGAAAAAUAUGGACUUUAUCAGUUGGAUCUGUUGGAUGAAGCAGCCGUGGAUGCAUUUAUAAAACAACAUCAACCACAAGUAAUCGUUCAUGCGGCUGCUGAACGCCGACCAGAUGUAGCUGAAAGGAAUCCACAAGCCGCGCAAGCUCUCAAUGUCAACGCGACAGAACAUCUUGCCAAGAUUUCCAAGGAUAUGAAUAUAUUCAUGAUCUAUAUCUCAACUGAUUAUGUUUUUGACGGGACGAAUCCUCCAUAUCAAGAGAAUGCUACAAGAAACCCUUUAAGUUUAUAUGGUGAGACUAAAAUGCAUGGUGAAGACCGUAUGCGCGAGACUCACAUUGAUUCAGCCAUCCUGAGGAUUCCAAUACUUUAUGGACCCGCAGAAAACCCCGAGGAAUCGGCCGUUAACACAUUAAUAUCGACAGUUAUGGAUACAUCAACGAUUAAGAAUGUAGACCAUCUCCAGAAGCGAUAUCCAACGCAUGUCGCAGAUGUAGCAAGAGCGAUUCUCGAGAUUGCAGUGAGACGUAUCGAAGGAAAGCAGAAUGUCAAUGGUAUAUUUCACUUUAGUGCUGAGGAACAAUUUACCAAGUACGAAAUGUGUGCAAUUUUUGCGGAACUUCUUGGUGUAUCAAUUAAACACAUUAAUCCGACAACAGCGGCGGAUG